GAUUUUUAUUUUAUUUUUUUAAAAUGAAUUAUAUUCUAAUCCAGAUAAAACAAGACAAAGCUAAUACACAUGGCCCCCCUAAUCACUUUGCUUGAAGGAAUUAAGGGCCUGGGCCUGAAGGUGUUUAUACGCACGAGCAGCUAAAUGGGGCUGUAGAUGUAGGUCUUUGGUCUCUAGUAUAUUCUGAAAUAUCAGACCUUGGGUCUUGCAUUCAGGGUCCGCAAUCAGGUUUUAGAUCCUGAAAUAGAAGUGGUUUGGGUUCAGAAAUGCUGGGCACCUAGAAAGCCAAUUCAGGCCCUCGGUUCUCUGAAGGUGUCCCGUGCUCUCCAUCCAUCCCAGGGCACGUUACAGGUGUGCGUUAUAUGCAUUGCAUGUGUGUGCCUGUAGGUAGGUAACUUGAACCGUGUAACGGGACCUCCCUCUUAUUAAAUCUGUGCUAUGCUGCAGGGCGAUGCACGCUGGUUUUUGGCUACGCAGUCAAAUGCCGCUGUGGCGGGUUUCGGCCGUGGGGCUUGACGUUGUGACCCCGAGGUCUGGUCUUGUCUUUCAUGUUUCAGCCAAAGUCUUGCGCUCUGAAUUUGGGGUUGGGAGUGGAUGGGCGGCAGCACCCCAGGUCUCAAGGAAUGGUAGGUGGCAAGGUCGAGAUGCACCUUAUAGACUGACUACAUCAGAGUCUGUAAGGUGCAUCUCUGCCCUGACUUCCGACUAGCAUGGCUAACGACCUCUCUGUGCUCAAGGAGUGGCAGCCUAGGAAAUGUCUGAGUCCAGGAGCUGGAAAACGACUUGACUUUCCCUAGAUCCAGCUGGCUCAGAAGGAAGCGGCAGCCAGCGGUUGCAUUUUCUGCUGGUGCAUGCAGAGUGAGAGCAGGCCAGGCUAUAACUCUCGGUGUCCGUCUUAAAUGAUUUCAGUUCCACCUGCUAAAAGCCACGUCCGAUGAAAAGGCUUGAUACCAGGUCUGGUCACGGGAGCAUUGCCUGCCCUGGGCUCCCCGCGGUGCAGGAGGGUGGAAGGUUUCCUUGACGUCCCCAUGGCAGAUACGACCCAAGGGCAUCUUGCCAGGAACUGCUGGGCAGGACCCACUUUGCAUGUAUCUAGAUUGCUUUCAAAUGAAAAGUGUUAACAGGCACAACCAUAAUAUUUGCUUGUACUUGUCUCUUCUGUGAUGGAUGGUGAGAGAUUGCCUGUUGGCUGAGCUCACCUGCAAUAACCAGGCAGUUAUUCAUCUUCGGCUGCAACCUGCCAUAUGCAGAGCUGUUAAUGGGGCUGCAUCGAGACCCAGGGGUGUUUCCGGCCCGUGGGCUGGAUCCCAUUCACGAUGCGCCCCGGUGCAGAAGGGAUGGGCACUCAAAGCGAAUGUGUUGCUUUGAUGCUUAGGUGCAGAAGGGAGCGUGUUGAGGAAUUCCCCUUUCUCUGGCAUCUGUACCCUGUCCCAUCCUGCUGCCCCACAUGCAAAACAAGGGCCCCGGUCGUGAGAGGUCUCGUCAGGCUCCUCGUGCACGAUGUAGACGUCAGAUCUGUGACCCCCAAGCUGUGGGCAGCAAUACUGAGCGGGUCACGUGGCAGGGGACAUCAUAUUUGGCUUGGUAAUACUGGGCAGCGUGGCAGGUGGUGGGACUAGCGACCACAUCGUUGUACGGUGCUUGUGUAGGGUUGCUGCAAGGGUUGUGUUAUGAUGGAGGAGAAUGACACGACUUUCAGGGGACACACGUGGACUGCUCUUCUUGGGUGGGAGAAGGGCUAUGUUGGAAAAGCAGGUGACGGAGGCUGACCCCAUGAGCUGAACCGAGGUGGGAGUCGGCGUUUCAGUAGUGGACACGGUAAUGGGUGAGGUGGGGAUUGCAUAGUGGAGUGCAGAUGACAGUGAUAGAGGAUGGGAAAGCCAUUGGAGGGAGGAAAAGCCAAGGGUGACAUGGUCAUAGCAGCUGGCUUGGAAAUGACCCUUGCCACAGUGGUCUGGAGCAGGGUACUAUUGCAUCUCUCAAAACUGGAGAAAAGGUGCAUUGCAGUGUGUGAGAAGUGAGCCUGGACGGGCGAUGUGAGCAGGGCAGGAAGAGCAAGCAGCUGCGGCUGUGCAUGGAAAGGCAACGUUGCCUAGUGCAUACUUACCUGGAAAGGUAACCAUCAUGAUGGCUUCAGCCCUUCUGGUUUUACUGACCUGGCAGGGAAGCCUCCCCACUGCUGUUUGCUCUGCUCAGGCUGAGAGUAAAACGGGUCUGCGCCUGUCUACAUGCCCCUUGAUUCGGAGGAGUAUCGGGAUUGAGGAUUAGAUCCAGCCACUUUAAUAGAUCAGGGUCUAACAGACGUGGACUAGCCAAAAUUGCUGGGAAGUCCUUUCCAUUCACCUUCCUAUAUUGUUGCAUGCUCCCCCGGCCCACGUCCUCCUCCGAAGUCAGCGUGCUUCGUCGUACCCCUCGCCCAGAGCCUCCGAACCGUGCUUUGCUCUCCGUCCCGCCCGAGGAUCGCGGUCACGAAUCGCAGACAGCGGGUGUCGUAGGGGAAUCUGCAAAUACUUAAGCCUCCCUCUGCUUCAGCACUGGAAGGAAACGCUGCAUUUCCCAGUCGCGCGGGUUAGACUGCGGGCGCUGGCAAACAAUUGCUAGGAGGCCCUUCCAGCGUGCAUCGCAUGGAUAACUCUGUCUCUUCACAGGGCUGGGAAAGAAAUCCAAAGUCGUGACUCAGGAGGUGCCUCGGGAAGGAAGAAACCCUGGACGUCUUCGGCGUGGCCGUGUCUGUUCCUCUAUCUCCCGUUCGGCUCGAGAACUGGUAUGUACAGCCAUUUAGCUGGGGCUAUAGGCACCUCAGCGAUUUCUCACGGGAGUCAGGGGCUUUUCUGAUUGUGGAGCGCGGCGUCUGACUCUCAAUGAAAAAGCACACCCGGUCGUUUCACAGAGAGGGGACUCAGCGAAAGCGUGAAGCCUGGGCCGUGACUUCUUGACACGUUAGAGCUGUGUCGCUCAGCACCUGUGAAAAGUUUUUCGUGUUGCUUGUUGUGGUCAGCUUUUCGCUCUCCUGCCGGCCCUGGAUCUCGUUCCAAAUUCAAUCUGCUCGAAGGCAAGGCGUCGGCGAGAGGAGCGCAGCUGAACUCCAGUAAGUACAUCACUGCUGCUGGAGCAAGUGGCUCGGGAUUUUGUUUGCUCAGCCGGAUUGCAUCGAAGCGUGGCGUGUGAGUUUUGCUAGGGAGGGGACGAAGCGUGCCGUGUCCCGGGGGCCAGGCUCCCGCGCACGAGUCGAGCAGAAAGGGACCCCGGAAACCAUCCUGCAGCGGUGAGGAUGAGCCCUGUUGAGCUGUGCAUGAAAGCAAACGUCUCCGCCUGUCAUUUCUGGAGGCCUAGUGGUAGGCUGGAGAAAUCCCACGGUUUGGAGGACAUUGAACGUGCUGCCCAGUGGAUGCGGCUUUGUCCUGAAGCAGCCUUGCGGUAGUCUGUCUCCUGCCUGUCCGGGAAUCAGCCCAUUUCCAAGACUCACCCCACUGAGGCGUGAGCCCGUGCACGUCCGAUGCGAACGGUGGAGGCAGAAAGCACAAUAGCCGGCUCUUCGGGACACAAGUCCUCCUCUUCCCGACACUGCCCAACAAGACUGGCUCUGCCUUCGAUGAGCUGGUGGCUCCAGAGUACCACUAAAAAGCAUCUUUUGUUGUCAUUGAUUAACUAUUUCACUGAUGCUCAAAGCAUUAGUCGGGGAAAAGUGGAGGGACUCGUAUUAGAGAGGUGUUCGUGGCUUGUGAGUGGCAUCUCCUGUGGGUCUCCUGGACUUGAGGUGGAAAGCCACUUCCUCCCCGCCACCUCCCCGGCCCGUGUGAACGCUUCUCCUCGAGGGAGAAGUGAAGGUGAAGCUGCUCUUCAUAGUGAAAGAGGAUGUUCAGGCAGGUUUAGGAAUUGGAAGGGAAGCCCAUGGAAACAGGUGAAAUGAAACUGGACACAUAUUAGAGAAGUGAAGUACUUGCAAGACCCUGCUUGCAAAGACGCUCCUCUGCGAAUGUGCAGCCCCUCGUUUCGGUUCCUUGUUUGGGUGCCUUAUUGUUCAGCAUCUCUCGGGCGCUUGAUUGCCCCCCAGCAGACGCUCCUGUGCAUCCAGCUGCCUGCGCCGGGAGAGACCUGCCUUGUUUGAAGAUCUGAAUCAUGUCUCACCCGUCCUGGCUCCCGCCGAAGAGCACUGGCGAGCCCGUUGGCCACGUGACUGCACGAAUGGAGACCACGCAUGCUUUCGGGACCCCCAGCAUCUCGGUGUCCUCCCAGCAGAUGCCGAAGAAGUUUGCCCCCGUUGUUGCUCCGAAACCAAAGUACAAUCCCUACAAGCCGCCAGGAGGGGAUGGGGACUUCCUGCCGCCACCACCGCCUCCUAUGGAUGAUCUUGGCAACUUCCCUCCGUCGUCUGGCUCUUUCCCCCCUCCUCCGCCUCUGGAUGAGACCACAUUCAACGUGCAGGCAAAUCCUGGCGGCAAGACCCUGGAGGAAAGGCGAUCCAGCUUAGAUGCGGAGAUCGACUCUCUGACCAGCAUCCUGGCGGACUUGGAGAGCAGCUCCCCGUACAAGCCUCGGGUUCAACAGGGCUCUGGGAUGCCCCCCGGUUCCUCCGUGACCGCCGGCCCAGGCUCCACUCCUGUCACCGGGCACAAGCGGAUGAUUAUUCCAAACCAGCCUCCUCUCACCGCCACCAAGAAAUCCACCAGCAAGGUCCCAGCUCAGCCGUCCCCCAUCCCAGUCACUCCAGUGGGCACGCUGAAGCCUCAACCAGUCCCAGCUUCUUAUACCACCGCGUCCACUCCCAGCCGGCCGGCAUUCAACGUGCAGGUGAAAAUGGCUCAGCCCAGCCCUCACUUCCAGCCGUCCGGCCCUCAGCCCGGUCCGUACACCAGCCUCGGUCCAAACCAGCCCUAUGGACCGCAGCCGACUCGCCCCCCCGGGCCAGCCCAGUACGCUCCAUCCCAGCCCCGGGGCCCGGAGUACGGAUACGCACCCCAGCUCGCGCGCCCGUCAGAGUCUGGCUACGGCUACGCGGCACCCCAGGGGCGUUACCAAGACCCUUACUAUGCCGGGGGCCCUGCCUACGGAGGAAGAAACAGCUCCGAGCCGCCCUAUGCUCCCCAAAACACCUGGAAACCCGAGCCGGCGUAUCCUGCAGCCAACACCAUGGCCCAGACCCCCGCGGGGAUGUACCAGCCGCCCGGCACGAAGAAGACCUACAUCACCGAUCCAGUCCUGGCACCGCAGCCGCCACCCUUGCAAGCAAAGGGCGGGUACCCUGGUUCUGGCCCAGCAUCAAAUGCUCCCGCCUUCAGACCAGAGGAUGAGCUGGAGCACCUGACCAAGAAGAUGCUGUACGACAUGGAGAACCCUCCCUCGGAUGACUACUUUGGCCGUUGCGCUCGUUGCGGCGAGAACGUGGUGGGGGAAGGCACCGGCUGCACCGCGAUGGACCAGGUCUUCCACGUGAACUGCUUUACCUGCAUGACAUGCAGCAGCAAGCUCCGGGGCCAGCCUUUCUACGCGGUGGAGAAGAAAGCUUACUGCGAGCCCUGCUACAUCAACACGCUGGAGCAAUGCAGCGUCUGUGCCAAGCCCAUCAUGGAGAGGAUCCUUCGAGCCACGGGGAAGGCCUACCACCCCCACUGCUUCACCUGCGUGAUGUGCCACCGCAGCUUGGACGGGAUCCCCUUCACCGUGGACGCCGGCGGGAACAUUCACUGCAUUGAGGAUUUCCAUAAGAAAUUUGCACCGAGAUGUUCUGUGUGUAAGGAGCCCAUCAUGCCGGCUCCAGGUCAAGAGGAGACCGUCCGCAUUGUGGCUUUGGAUCGUGACUUCCACGUUCAGUGCUACCGGUGCGAGGACUGUGGCGGCCUCCUGUCUGAAGGGGACAACCAGGGCUGUUACCCUCUGGAUGGACACAUCCUUUGCAAGACCUGCAACUCUGCUCGGAUCCAGGCACUGACUGCCAAGGCCAGCACUGACCUCUGAGCCCCCACCGCGACACUCCCGUUUUGUCUGCUGGGGAAUUGCACAAGCGUUGCUUUUAGCCUGACUCCUUUCCAACCUAAUUCUCGAUUGAAAAGGUAAAACUGGAAGGCCUUGGACCAAGAGGGCUGGUUCCUAAGUGGGGUUCUUCUGAACCUCCAAAUGAUUCAUCUUGCCUGAGAUAAAGCUGAAACUGUUGGGUUUGAUUCUUCUCUUACAUGUGUGACAGUCUGAUCCGGUUCUUGCUGGAAGCCCUGAGUUGUUUUGCAUUGAUUUUUAAUGAGAUCGGGAGUGAAGUCUCUCAAUUAGAGCUUGCUCCAUAGUAACAGACUGCACGCGUGUGAGACGAGAAGCCGUGUCUCAACACGGCCUACGCAGCGCUGACCCCGCCGAGCUUUCACGUACGUGUGGCUUGUAGGGGGGCCCACAGUUGGACUCUCCACCUCUCCCUCAUGUCCAUGCUUGUCUCCAUUCCCUUCCAGUUUAAUACCCUUUUCCUUUUUUGUUAUACAAUCAUAGUUUACUCUUGCUUAAAUGUAUUCAGUAACAAUACUUCCAACUCACAGAUGCUUAAGCAUUUCUGUAUGAGCAAUGGCUGAAAGAUCUCAGCUUGCACAUAUGCUCACCCAUACACAUGUUGGUUUACUAGAGAUCGGGAGCCAAUUAUGUACGUUGAGAAGCGAUGUUAAUUAAGUUUGGGUCUGAAAAGGUUCAAAAGCAACCCCACGUGGUUACAGUGACGCUGACUAAUAAUCAUUACUGUCCGUGAGCGAUGCUCAAAAAACCUUAAGCCAGCCAUCGAUCAGUGCAGCGGUGUAGAAACCCAAUGGAUGGGCAGGGGUGGUUUCCAGACAGGUAAAGUCAUGCCAUUUUGAUCCACCCUCUGCUGACACCAAUGGAAAGAUUCCCAUUGACUUUAAUGGGCGUUGAAUCAGACCUUAAAAUCGGAAGGGGCUUUUGCAGCAUACUUGAACAGGAAUUACAGUACGAGGCACUAUUCAAUUCUGGGCCCUUUCCAAAGAGCUGACCCAGUUCUUUCUCCAUCUUGAGAGUCCCACAGGGGCAUUUUUGCUGCCAAACAGGAAAAGAGGGACGUGGUUCUGCUUGCCUUUGCUUUUAGUUUCAUUCCAAUCAUAUUUUUUCUUCCCAGUGAAGAAACGUCAUUUCACAGGAACGGCGGAGUGAUUGGCGUUCCAGGCAAAAGGGACACGCUAAUCCUCUCUUCCAGGAGUUAAAAAUUAAGACCAAGGUCAGCGAACACCUGGGCACGGGCAGCUCUUGGAGGUUUGCCUUGUUUUGUUGUGUUUGUUAAUUAAGAACCGAAUUAUAAAUCUGCAGCUCGUUUUGCGGGAGCUUUAAUACUCUUGUUUACGAAACCUCUAAUAACUAAGGUGCAAAUUACAGAACGAAGGAGCAAUUUUCAUAUCACUGAAUUGACAUUAAUGUCUUAUUUGCAGAUGUAAUCAAAAAGAAUACCUUUCUGUGCACUUACCAGAUUACAAGCUGGAAUCAAAGCCGUUGAGGGGUGAUUGACCAUAUUAAUAACGAACUGGUGGAUUUGACUAUUAAGUUUUGUGAGGUUUUUUUUCCUCUGGUGCACACAGUAAUAGAAAUGGAAAAUACAGUGCUUUCCUUUUUAGCACAAAAGCCCAACAUAAUUAUAACUUCCCAUCUAAAUCCCUGUGGAUGGGAUGAAUGGCUGCAAAGCAUGGGAAAAGAUGGAAAAUUGACUCUGACUGUAACUCCUGGAAUUGGUAUGCUUCCUUUCCGUUGCAUGUCACAGUGAACAACUCCAUGUCCAUAGUUAUCAAGCCAUUGUACUGAAUUAGAGAAUUGGGGUCUGAUUGUCCUGUCCAUUAGUGCAAGUAUGUGCUGGGCAAACUCCAUUGGCUUUACCCUAAUUAGCCCCAUAGCAACCUGUGGGAAGUUUGAUCCAUGGAAAGGAAUUUUUCUCCUGUAUGGAUUUCCUGGCAGGGCAUUGACUAUGCAAAAGCAUCUCGUCUUCAUAUCAAAAUUUCAUACCCAGCUUUCACGAGUGUUACCGGCUGUAUGCAGGCAAUUCGACCUCACUUGUCUCGGCACGUUUUUUUUUUUAAUAGGUUGCAUUUGGGCUUCUCACCACUGGCGAUGGCAACUCAGGUCAUGUUGAGCUCACUCAUUUUACGUGCAAAAGAAUGUUAAAUAAGUGCUGUUUGAUGAUCUCUGCCCAAACGUGGAAGUUCAGCCCGCCGACGGUGCCUUCCUUUUCAUCACACAUCUCAUCGUGUUCAUGCCUCGGUCAUGGGUUCCUUAGCGCCUCCUCGCCGAAGCACGACGGGAGUGUGAUGUCUGCCGUGGAGGAAGUCACGGAGCGGGCGGCAGAUCUAGCUCUGAACUUCCGUAUCCUUGCAGGUUUAAAUUGGACGGUUGCUGCGUCUUUAUAGCUCCGAAUCACACAUUAGAAAGCGAUGAGAAACAGCUGCUGUAUCUACGAGGUGGGAACGUGAUGUGGCUUGAGAUCGAGGCUGCAGGGUUCUCCUGAUAACCGCAGACUAGAUUUUGGCCAAGCCACAUGUCGGUAACCUCUCCCUGCACACCAGGACGUAAUCGUGCAAACCGACUUCCCACGUGGUGCGAUUUUAAUUGCAUUCAUUAUAGAAUGGCCCAAAUGGCAGCAUCCAGAUCCAGAUCCUCUCUUUCCAAAAUAUCUGCCCGUGUCUGGAUUUCAGGUUUUAAAUUAGGUCAUUCAAGAACCAAGAAUAAGCCCGGACGCCCUGCUCCGAACCUCCAAGCAGGUGGGUGCGUUGCAGAAAGGGUCUCGAGAGGUCUCUGGAUCGGAGGUGCUCAAAAGGGCAUGAGCGUUGCUCUCCUUCCCUGAACAGCAGCUGUUUUUCAGACUUAAAAUAUCCAAGCAAAACUCUUAUUUCUUUUUAAAUAACACUCAGAAGCAGUGACCCGUUUGAGUGAGUGAUUGCUUAGAAUAGUUUUUUUGUUUUAAAUGCAUUUGUUCGUGGUGCCUACAUUUGCAAUGACUGUUCUGGAAUGAGAAUGUUAUCUAUGUGACAUAGAGGCUGUCAUCACUUAUCCGCAUGUCCGCCCCGUUCGACCAGGGUCUGAAGCGAGCGUGCCGACGGGCCGUUGCGGCGCGUUCGUGCACCGCCCAAGCAUUGCUUCGUCACAAUCUUGAGCUUGUAUUUAUUAUGUAUCCUCGGUUAUCUCUUUCCAAAGAAAAAGCCUUGAUGCCAAAGAGACCUCGUUCUUUGAAGGUCCCCUUCAAGUCCUGAUAUCAAGUCGUAUCAUCUCCCGAGGACAGUAACGCUCCAAAACUUCCCUUUUACAAGGAGUUCGACUAUUACCUAGACCUUUUUCCUUGGAGGCUCUUCGGCUUUUCUAGCAUGCCAUAGAAAAUGGAGCCUGAUCUAGUUUCAUAUUGCCCAGGUGGAGAUGUGAGACCCAGGAUCAAGCCCAGAUCCAGCAAAAUAUUUAAGCCCGGGCUUAAAUGUUUGCUUUAAGCGUGGGCUUAAAUCUGUUCCUCAAUAGGACAUACAUUUAGGACAUCAGAUUUGGUUGCCUUGGUUACAGCCAAAUCCCCUGGCACACCCCCAAAGUGAAUUCUAGUUUUGUUUUUGUGUUAGCGUGAUGGCUUUUUAUUGUCAUUUAUUGUUUUAUUUUAAUCAUUGCCUGAAUGUUACCUUUUCAAGCAAAAGGCAAUAUCACAGCUUUAGCCUAUCCGAUAAUGCACCUUUGAUUUUAUAUAUAUAUAUAUAUAUAUAUUUUUAAAAUAUUAAUUUAGGGGUAUUUUUAGCACUGCUGCCAAACACUAGUCACCAUGACAUCUAGCAGAGUAAAGCUUACCAUUGAGCUGUAAGGCAGAGGCAAGACUUACGGGAAGUCUUGGCCAGGUUUUGGCGCGUGGGGAUGACUUGCACCCCAAUUCUUCUGCAGAUGUUGUGCCAGUAUUGCACUUGGUCACAGAUGAAGUCCAUCGGUGGUUUGGAUAGGAGGCUGCCAACCUGGGCAAGCAUAGUGAAUCCUCGCCUAGAUGGAAAGGAGGAUUAGAUCUUCUUGGAGAUAAUUCCCCAGCAGCUAGUGGAAGCACAAAGGGCACAGCAGACUCCUCGUCGGAGUCGUCCCCGCCAUGAAGAUCUCUUGGGGAGCUCUUUGCUAGGACAUCCAGUGCUUUGCUACUUCGCGUCUAUCUGAAGAGCUCAAAGCCUUUUUCUUUUGCAUUUUCAGUUGCAUCUUGUUCCUAUCCAUUGCUUGAAUCCUGCCUUGGUUCAUCCAGCAGUGCUGAUCUUAUUUUACAUAGCUGUCGCAGCUGUCGGUCAGGACUGACAGGCAAAGACGUGCUGCCGAUUGGCGCGGUGACACUCGAAAUAGCAAACACGAGCCGCGUGCCGAGAGCUGACGGAUGGCAGGGCGCGAGGAGUGACGUGCAAACAGAAGUAGAGCGGGACGCAGCAACACUACUUAGCACCAGAGAUGGUCACACUUUAACACUACACUUCUCUCGUUGUUGUUAAAAGUUGGGGCCCUUUCCAACAACAUUUCGGGGGGGGAGAAAUUGCAAAUGCUAACGACACGUUCUCUUUUGACGAUGUUUUCUGCAGCAUUAUUUUAUGAUAUUUGAAUCAGAUUUAUUGAAAUUUGCACUCGUGGCUUUUUUAAAUAGGUAGUAAGGGUGUUUUUUUUUUUCCAUUCUUCAUUUUCUUCCUUGGUAUUUUUGAUAAAUGAAACAAUUUUAAUGACUUGGAUAACUUUUUAUAGGAUAUCGCCACAAAGGAAGAAUGGGAAAUAACCCCUUCUUUGACCCCGUGACAUUUCGCACGACAUCUUUUCUUCAGUUUUGAAUGACUUGACUUCUGGGAGACCCCCAUCUUCCUAGGGCAGUGAUUCUCAACUGGGGUUUCAUGGUGCACCGGGUGCCUUGAGGGCUGUUCAAGGGUGCCACAGGUUUACUGCAAGGUUUUAGGUGUGCAAACUUAAUUCACAAGAUCAACCCAGAGGUUUCACACAGAAGUUCACAGUGUUAAAACCCUUGUGGUCUUUCUGGGAUCUUUGCAAUAUAAGAAUUACGGUACUCUAGUAUUUUUCCGUAGUCCAAAAACCAGCAAAAACACGAAGCGCUGGCAUUUUCCAAGGGGUGCCUCGCGUCCAAUGAGGGGUGCCUCGAAUCUAAAAAAAAGGUUGAGAACCGCUGUCCUAGUUGAUUCAAUCCAACUGAUAUGGCUGUCUUGAGAAAAACAGUAUUACUUCUUUUGGGAACAGUGUUGUCUCCAGUCUUCCAACCAGCCGAUGAGCGUUUAGGAAGAUGGUGAGCGUGGCAGUUGCUAUGUCCUUUAUUUUAAGGGGUGAAGGGUGCAUGCAGAUUAUUGCAGCUGCUAUCAGGAAACACUAACUGACCCUCCCUCGGAGCCUGGCUUCAUCCCUUUGAGCUUGGGAAAGGCAUUACUCCAAAUACAUUUCCAGAGAUAUCUCUAGUCUUCCUUUACAUUUCAGUUCGAAGGUGCAACGGUUGAUUUGUCUAUCCAGGCCCUUAGUUUUGCAUCGAUGAACCAUGAAGAUAGCACCACACCCCUUCCUCAGCCAUUUGUGAAACCAUCCAAUCUAUUUGGCGCCUCUCUGUGCAAUGGAAAUGUGUACCCUAAUCAAGGGCUCUCGAUGGACUUGUAGCAUAGAAGUUCUCAGAUGUAACACUGACGUCCUCGACUUUUUACAAGAAAAAACACUAAUGGAAACUUUGCAACGGUUGGUUUAGGAAUAGACCCAUCCGCACGUCCACAUUGCACUGGUUGGAGAUGAUGACUGAUUUGACAUACAGUCGAGUAAUUGGUGCUGUUCCUAUUACACAUGCCCUUUCUUCAUCACUACUCUCCAUCGCUUUGGCAUUAUAAAUAAGAUACCCCCUCUGAUUCUGUAGCUGAAUCAGAUGGGAGCUGAGUUAAUAGGAGCAAUUUUAAAUGGUCUUUUUUUCCUUGUUUUUUGGGGGUUUUGUGCGACUCUUCCCAAUUAUUUUGACAUCUCAAGAAAAGGGGCCGAGAACGGUGACCUUUCCAGUGGUUAGAGUCCGUGUUUGCAGCUCCGUCUCCGUCUCCCUCGCUCACCCCAGGUCACUCGCACGGCCUUUUGCACCCUCUGUCUGAGCGUGCCCACGUGUGUAACAAGAGUACCUGCCGCUCAGACGUGUCGUGAGACUCAGUCAAUACUUACCAGAUUGAUUCAGCUCUUGAAUCAAAGCAGCCCUAUGCAUCCAUAGCAUCAGAGGCAGGGGAUCCACGUGCCUGCCAUGCGAAUCUCAAAAGGAAGUGAUUAUACUCGUUGCUUUUUAAAUGAUACUGAAAUUGUACCUUAAAUCUUCCUUAAAAUUUACCUGAAAAAUCAGUCAACGUGAACCACAGAGGCGUAGGAAAGCAGGGACUUAUCAGGGAGAAUCCAAUCAGAUAUUUGUUUUAAGGAUGAAGGGUAGGGGUGUGCGUGUGUCUGUGUGUAUAUAUAUAUAUAUGCAUAUAUAUGCAUAUGUAUAUAUGUAUAUACACAUGCAUAUGUGUAUAUAUAUAUAUAUAUGUGUAUAUGCCUGUGUAUAUAUAUAUAUAUUCCUUCAAAACUUGAGAUGUUUGUAGUUUUUCUCCUGUAUGUAUUUAUUUAAUAUCUUCCUAUCAAUGGGGCGGCUGCAAUUCUCACUUGUGAGGGAUCAAAGGGUCGAUCUGGUCUUGCGCAUGGAGUUUAUACCUGUUUUCUGUUCUUUCAAGAGGUCACUGGCUUUUUUUUUUUUUUUUUGCAUAAUUAGAUCUCUUUAUAUAGAGACCAGUCAAUACGAAUCUUUUUUUAGUCCGCGAGUAUUUUUUAAUUAACCAAAUCUCGGGUCGGCGGAAAAGCGCUGGGUUGUUGGGGGGGUUUUUUGCUCUAUAUAAACGCUGCAUUUCAUUGAAAAGACACAAUCAGCAUCUCCCUAUAUAUCUGUGUGGUCAUUUUAUUGCUGUUCUACAUCCAAGACUAAUAUUGAGCCAGAUUGCAAAGGCAAACACUCGAUGUGACCUAGUUCCUUUGAGCAGCGAGCAUCUUUUGUCGGCUCAGCUCCUGCUUGUUUGUGCGGCUUUUUUAAAUGCUGGAUUGCAAAACGAGAGUUUCCUAAAGAGGAAAAGAAAAUGGUGUUUGAUGGGCAGGAAAUUCGGGGGUCUCUGGCCUGGCGCGUUUUUCCCUUUGAAUUCAGCCGUCGUAGCGUUUUAGGCUCGUGCCGGGACACGCAGUCGAUUUGGCCGGUAGUCCGAUUCAGCCCGUUGCCCCUAAGCGGCUGCAGCCCCGCAAAGCUUUUCAGCAGUCCUGGCUGCCUUCCCUCGCUCCCAUUUGGUACGUAUUUGCACAACUGAACCGAGCUUUUCUUUCUGCGGGAGGUCAGAUGGGAGCGAUACGAAACACUACAUUUUCUAAACAAGCGGAGCCGUUGCAGCCGCGGCGCUGGGGGCAGGACCGCGACUUUCGGUGGCUGCUCCGCUCUGCAAGGCGAUCCUGAGGGCGCCCGUCCCUGGCACGGGAUGCAAAACCACAGCCCUUGCUUGGUAGUAAACUGCAUACUGGAGCCCAGCUGCCCGGCUCCGGCGUCGCCCUUCCAGCGGCUUUCCCUCUUCCUUGCACGAAGGGAAACUUUCCCAACCCGGGGCGUAUAUUUAGCCUUUCUCUUGUGUAAGAAGCUGGCAGCGCUGGAUGCUCCUUAGGAUUCUUGCUGAAACCUCGGCGAGCCACGGAUGAAUGGCUUGUGUUUUUUAAUUUUUUUGGUUUGGUUUGGUUUUGAUGAGAUUAGACAUUGCAUAUUGAUGAGCGAGCGUUUCAAAGGUCCGUGGGGCUUUGGUACGUAUUAAGAAUCUCUGAAGUUAAUAUUCGCCACGUUUUACAUAUUCAGAAGGAGCGAGCUGCAUCAAAUGGCUUUUGAUAUACGUGUACUGUGGGAGGGGGGUAGGUUUUGAGCAAACACUAGGGGGUUGUGGCUCAGCUGAUUUGUGCUUUUAAAGCCUCUCUUUGUUCCCACAUAUCAAAACCAUCGUGAGAUAAGCAGCCCUGGUGCUGCUGACAAACCAGCCUGAGCAGCGGUGCUGGUCGUGGAGCCAGUCUAGGCUUCACCGGGAUUUCCUGAGGCUGGUAAGGGUUAAGCCCCUGAAUUAGGUACCAUAUUUCCAGUGGGAGUCGAGGCACUUCCUUGCCUGGUCCUGUGGCUGAGCUCCUUUCCUUCCAGUUCAUACCAUUGCACCGGCAGCAGACGCGGGCAGCCGUGAAGGCUGGCCUCGAGACGGUGGCUCUCUCGUGUCCGCACACUUACUCUUUCCAGAUGUUGGAGCCUAGCUGCGGUCAGGCUGCCUUUGAAGUAUGUCAGGGCACCCUUUUGGGGGUGGAAUGACUGUCAGGCUUAAUGCUUCUGCGGAGGCCGUGAUCCCUGUCUCUAUGGGGAGAAAGACGGGGCAAAUACAGCCUGCAGAUACAGCUUUCCAGUGCAGCGCUGGCCCUCCCAGUCUGCCUUCAGCUUGGCUUCCCUCCGGGCAGGACAUUUGGACAUAGGCUGCUUGUGACAUCCGGUUUUUCCUUUGCAAUCACGACUCCUUCCUUCGCAGGGGCCGUGUUUCUGAGAAGAGUGGCCAAGCCUAGCUGGGGGGAGAAGGAGAGAGCUGCCUUCAGUUUGGGCUCACAAAUGUCGCACAUCCCUGGUACUAUCAUCUUCUCGCUCCCUUGCACCUCUUGACAAAGGUGAGGUUGAAAUAUUAACAGCGAGGGCUUUUCGGCCAGGUGCCUUGAAAACCCUGCCAGAUUGCCAGCAGAACAAGAGAGUUUAGGGUUCGCCCUUCGGCCCACGCUUGCACGGUUUUGAUUUGAAAUGAGGUUGUCCCGCUUGCAAAAGUCCAACCAAACGGAUGCUUUCCAUUCUUGCAAAGAAAGGACGACUCCAGCCGGAGCAAACCCGUGUUCGUCACACCCGGGACAUUUCCUCGGAGGGCUCCUGGAGCCCAACCGCUCUCCGUAAUAAAGGGCAGAGCCCGUGAUCGCAGCCUGCACGGUGAUCUUACCUCCCCGCGUUACAAUUUACUAGGUAUCGCAGUGCUGGCUUCGGUCCAUGCGUUGGCUGCUCUCCAUCCGGGAGACCGCCGUGCGAAGAUGCAGGGACUACAGGUGGAGGAGUCUUCCUCUUUCGCAGGCAUCGGCGUGGUUUUAGGCUUGCAGCAAAGCAGACGGGGAACAGGAGAAAGCGUUACCAACCCUGCACAGGAGAGCACGGGCUGCAUGCCAGGCGUGUAUUUUCGGAGAUCUUGGAAUGCAUGUAAGAAUGAACUUUUGAAUCCUUUUCAGGCCCUAACUAGCAUGCUUUCCAGGGAGGGAGUUUACAUACCAGCAUUUCACUGAUGGCAGCAGUUUCUGGAGGGCUUGAACUUUCUUUUGGAGCUAAGAUUGCAGCCCGCACGGUUGCAAAGAGGGCUCUUGUCCAGAGCCGCGGGGCUGCGCACGCAUGGCAGGGGGAAUGCAAGUCAGGGGUAACUUCAGCAAAGUUAAAGUAGUAGCAAGCAACGAUGAGCAAGCCUGGGAUCAAUUGUGAGCCCUUCAUGCCACCCGUUCAUCUCCGUGACCCUGAAAGCUGCCGGUGACUAAGCAAGACGGUCACCUGAAGAUCCAACCAAAUGAGGCGUUGACUCUGAAACCUAACGACGACCCCAUGAUUUGAAUGUAGUUGAAUCUGAGCUAAUUGUUCUGGCAGAAAGCUCCCAGCUCUUCUGGGAAGUGGACUAGAGUUUGGAAACGCUGGUUAAACAACAAUAGAGUACUCCUUACACAUUAAAUUGCAGCCCUGGGGCUAUCUUGGCUGGAUGGCAUGGUAAGUGUAACAGUAGAUGCAAAAAAAAUAUUAACAACCAAGCAGGGAUAUUUGAAAUGCCCCUGAUGCUCUUAUGCAAACCCAAAACCUUCCCUUCUUCUCAAGCUUGCACUAUCACACCUUCCCUUUUUUUUUUUGUCUGACUUUGUAAAAAGCACAAAGAUGAUUUUUUUUUUUUUAACUCUACUUCUAAGAAAGUCGAUACUUAAAAGAGGGGAAAAAUCUCCCUCUCAAACACUUGGGUUUUUCAGGCUUGGAAAUAAUUUCUACACCUGACCCAGUUCCUGCAGCUGCCAAAAAAGAAAAGAGAACGCUAUUUAAAUUUUUCAGAGAACCAUUUAUCUCUGAAAAUAUGCCAUAGCAAUUUGAGGUGGGGGUGGAGACUUAGCUAUUUAUCUCCACAGCCUGAUAUUUCUCUUUAUGUUUCUAACUGUCAAGGGAAAAGAAAGGGGUAGGAAGCUAUUCUUGGGCUAUUAUUGAUGUAUUGUGUUGCCAUUAUGUUGGAUGUCUGCUUUCCUAUACACUGAAGGACGUUAAUAAUAGCCCUCUUUCCCCCAGUCCCUCUUUGGGAAGAUAUGGAUACGACCUGAGCCCCGCUGCCCUUUUCAGUACAUAUCUAUUUUUUCAAUAAUCAUUUCUAUACCGGUUUUGGGAGCAGGGCACAUCAAGCGGAGUGAGAUGGAGCGUCUCCCCAGCUUUUCCACCCGCCUGCUUUCUAUUUCAGGUGAACCGCGUACCUAUUCCCCACCUGCUCCUUCCUGUUUUAGACUGUAAAUGCUUCUCUCACUCGAUCUUUAUACGAAGCCUCGUGCGAUGGGACCUUGCGUCUGAUAGGGGCCGCGGCGCUGCUACAGAAGGGGAAAAAAACCCCACAUCCAUUUGGUCUUACGUUAAAAAUAGGCAGUGCUGCUUGGGGGAAACGACUAGGAAUCUGACACCACUGCAUUUAAACUUAGCCUAAAUUACUGAAACGUCACACUUCCAGGGAUGCAGGGCUUGCAUUUAAUAGGCCAGAUGGAUUAGCAAUGCACGUGGUGAACAGAUUUAAAAUAAUACCAGCGUUCAGGGUCCCCUGAAGCAUUGGAAGACCAGUGUCAGCAACACAAGGUGGUAACGAAGGCCGUGAAGCCGCCUCCAAGCAGAAAGUGGAAGCGCACGAUGCAAGGGAAAAGCAGAGGACAGAAGCAAAGGGAUGGAUGUAACAGGCCUGCGGGAGUACGGACCCCCCGCCUCCGUUUUGCAGGAGAGCUGCAUGCAACUCGUGAGAGUUUCUGAAAAUCAGGCCCACGUCUCUUCAGUCCUUUGGUUAUCAUUACUCGUCUCGUGGUCAUGCUGCGCCGAGCCCUGUAUAAAGGCCGGGGGUGUCCGUGCUCCCCGUGGAGAGAUACCGGAGCCAGCUGCAAUUGCACAAAGCAAGCAGCACCCCGUUGCAUCCAUGCAGUGCUCUGCUUGGGCUAAGUCACCCUCAGGGGCCUGGAUUGACACGACCGUCCUCCGAGACCUGAGCUACCCGGGUUCCCUGCACAUGAUGGAUGCUCAGGGUCCUUACCUUGAAGAGGUGGCAAUCAUUUCGGAUUCAUCAACUUUGAAGACCAGGUCACACCUAUUUCCAGUCCCAAACAGGAAUUUGAGCGGGUCGUGCUUCUUCAUCUGGGAAGCAGCUUGCAUCUCGAAGAGGAAGAGGCGCACCGCACUGGUGCAGCUUGUCUUUGGGUUUUUUUUUGGGGGGGGGGUUGGUUUCUUGAUGCCUGCUCCUAAAACAAGAAUGAGAAAAAUGCUGUGAUCUGCAACAAGGAGCUGAAGCCAAAGUCAGAUAAGUCCUGUGCAAACAGCACAUCGCUUCGGCAGCCGUAGCUGGAGGAUCUUUUGUGGUUUCUGCAGAUGGGCAGCGUAGCGCUGGGAGAAGGGAAGGACCCACUCCUGAGACCUCUCCAUCGCUCUCUCCAUGCAAUCUGGUGUCUGGUGCUUUCCCAGUUUAGUUUUACUUCCCACUUCUACAGCAGGCCUUCAGAGCACAAUCCUUCUGCUAGAAACGUGCAUUUUCUCUCGACUGCUAAUCCUGGGAUUAUGUGCAAUGAUGAUGGGAGAGCAGGAAUUCUUCGUAAUUAGGCCACCUUUGCCGUGGUGCUAAUUUGCCAUGCAGAUGGCAGCAUGGUAUAAACCAGGGGUGUCCUGCAGGCCGGAUCCACCCUUGGACUUGACUCGCAGGCCACAUCUGGCAGGCAUUGUGGUCCAGCCUCAUGCGGGCACCGUGUGCAACGCUAUCCUGGACCAGUGGGCAUCACAGGAACUGGGUCCUGCAUGCUGGAGGAAAUGGGAGAGGGGUGUUUCUGGGCCUGAUCCAGCUCAGAGUCAGCCACACCACUCCUCCUGCCCAUGGGGCGGGCAAGAUGAUUUCCCAGAGAGGUGGUGGCAUCUCCAUCCUUGGAGGUUUUGAAGACCCGGCUAGACAAACCCUUGGCUGGGAUGAUGUGGUUGGGGCUGGCCCUGCUUGGAGCAAGGGGGUGGACUAAAUAUGGCCUCCCAAGCUCCUUUCCAGCCUGAAUUUUCUAUGAUUAGAUGAGUUUGACACCCCUGGUAUAAAGAGGAAACAGUUUGCACUGAAAUGCACAAGCAGAGGUUAUGGUUCCCAUUGAAAUACGUUGAGGUUGUCCACCUUGGUCUUAAAAAAAAGAGGCCUGGCACUUUCUGCUCCACCCCACGCCUUACUGACCGCUCUGGAAGGGCAGGAAGCCCCUUCGGAUUCGGCCUUUGGACAUUCACAGACUCUCCCGUGAGUCCGAUCCAGGUCUGUGACCCGUCUCUCUGUCCAGUCCGCGGUAUCUGUAAUGUGCCUUGUAGCCGUAGCUGCUAAGCACCUGAGAUGCAUCUUAGCCAGCAUGGUCAGAAGCUCGUAGCUGUAGGCAUUUUGCAGGAACGUCCCUCUUGGACAUUGCUCUUUUCACUAAGUGCCUGUUCUCAAAGCCAUAACCCUUUAGGUUUUUGCUGCAAUAGAGGGAAAUGAGUAUGCAGCAGGGAGGAGAGCUACCAAUGCAGGGCCAGGCGGCAGCAAGGUUGCAUGGCAGAAAUCUGUUCUCCUUUGGGAUGCCUCGCACACAUGGAUUCGCCUUGCACACACAGUUGCCUUGUGGAUCUCUUCCUGGGCAGAGGGCUGUGCUGCGCUCGCUCUGGUCCUGCUGGGAGCAGGGACGGGUGGUUUUCCUGCGCAGAGGUCAUUAGCAGGGAGGACGGCACCUUUGCUUUGCAUGCCAAAGACAAGCUCCACGGCAGGGUCUGCUGUCGGACACGCCGUGCCUUUGAAUCCUGUUGAAGGUGAGUUGAGGUCUCGCGAUUGCUCCGAACUUGUGGGCACCGGAGAGUGCCCCUUGCGUACCUAUGAGGGGCCUGAUCCUUCCACGGAGGUUUUGCCCAGUCCCGCAUGGGGCUAAGAGCACCCUUGCCUCCCGUUGAACCGAUCAGCCCCCAUGCUGUCUUCCUCCCGGCUUUAUGGAUUUGAAGGUGCUCAGUAGCUAGCCGCACGGGCCCGUCAGGCCAAAUAUGAAGUUUACUCUCUGGUAACUUGUGCACAUGGAUUUCUAAAUCCUGUAUUCACCUUGAUGCUGAGGGCAAGUCCAGCACAUCCACGUUUUCUGUAUUUAUAAAUAUGCAAAGAGAUAUAUUUUUGUUCUCAGCUAGUUACCUCUCCUAACCCGCCUAUUUCAGAGCAACCGGCAUAUAUUUUUUAUUCAACACCUGAAAUGACUUUUUUACACUAAGAGAAUGAAAGCUGGUAGAAGCAUGUGUUUUUCUGUAUUUUUAUUAUGCAUUAUCCAAUUAUAUUGAGAUGUAUUUUCCUCUUUGCUCUGCUCUUUCCGUUGUUAUCCUUACUUUAUCAGUUAUGCUUUUCUAAUGUUUUGUAAGGGAAAAUAAAUAUGCAAAAUUGCCAGAUGCCUUCCCCCCCCUCACCUCCCUCCUUUGCAGAAGGAGUAUCACAAAUGCUUUUUAUUACAUUUUACCAAUCCAAUAAACUCCUUUAUAAAUUUCA